AUGGCCGACUCGGAAGAAGGCGACCUGGGCCCGGCGGCCGUCCCCGCAGCUCCAGUUUCCUUCAGCUUCAGUCGCAAGACGUCCCGGAGGCGACUGGCGGACUCUGGAGGAGACGGCGCGGCCCCCCCGGAGGAAAAGGAUUUCUUGAAGGGCGUGGAAGGGAGGGAGCUGCUCAGCGUGAAGCCCCCAGAGUCCCGCAAGCCACUGGCCAUCCCUGUGCCCCAGAGUGGCCCCCGGCGCGCACAGCCCCCGGCCCAGCCCCGGGGACAGCCCGCAGAGGAGCCCUGGGCGGAGGGGGUGCUGGCGCAGGCGGUCAAGGAGUUGAUUGAGGAAUCCAGGAAGUCUCUGGAAGAGAGGGAGUCGGCGGAGGGCCACCCCGCGCUGGCCAUCCCCGUGACUCAGGAAGGGGCGGGCAGCGAGCCCGUCGCGGAGACCAGGCCCGAGGAGGCCAACUACGAGGCGGUCCCCGUGGAGGCCUACGGGCUGGCCAUGCUGAGGGGCAUGGGCUGGAAGCCCGGCGAGGGCAUCGGCCGCACCUUCCGGCAGGUGGUGAAACCCCGCGUCAACGCCCUGAGACCUAAGGGCCUGGGGCUGGGGGCCAACCUGAUGGAGGUCCAGAGUCUGGUCCCUCCCCAGCCCCAGCGCCCAUCCAAGCCGAGUGAGGAGCGUCGGGGUGAUGAGAAAGAGCAGCCCAAGGAACUGGUACCCGGAGGAGCAGUGGUGGUGCUCUCCGGCCCGCACCGAGGCCUCUAUGGGAAGGUGGAGGGCCUCGAUCCCGACAACGCGCGAGCCAUGGUUCGUUUGGCCGCGAGGAACUGCAUGGUAACUGUGAGUGAGUACUGCCUGCGGCCCGUCUCCCAGCAGGAGUUUGACAAGAACUCGGACCCCGGACAGGUCGACAAAACUUCUUCCCCCGCACAGCAGAACGGAACAGGCUCGCGGGAGCUGAACCACCGGGAAAACUCAACUAGGAAACGGAAACACCUUCCAGACCACCAGGGAGCACCUGUCGCCAAGGUGAAUGCCACCACAACCUCCAGGACUCAGCACUGGCUGCACAGGGACCUGCGGGUGCGCUUUGUGGACAAACAGCACAAGGGCGGCCAGUAUUACAACACUAAGAUGACCAUCGAAGAUGUCCUGAGCCCGGAUACUUGUGUGUGUCGGACAGAUGAAGGACACGUCUUGGAAGGGUUGAGGGAAGACAUGCUGGAGACUCUAGUCCCCAGGGUUGAGGGCCACCGGGUGAUGGUGGUGCUAGGACCCCAGGCUGGAAAGGUGGGCCGGCUGCUAGGUCGGGACCAAGCACAGAGUCGGGCCAUGGUGCAACUGCAGAGGGACAUUCAGCUUCUGGAGCUUCACUAUGAUUCAGUCUGCCAGUAUGUGGGCCCCAGUGACAUUGAGGAUGACUGAGCCCCACCCUCUUAUUCCUACCCCUCCGGAAACACUGUCUACUUUGAGUGGGAAAAGAACCUCAUUC